AACAUGCCCCAGUACAAGUUGACAUACUUCAAUCUGCGAGGACGAGCAGAAAUCAGCCGCUACCUGUUUGCCUAUUCAGGCAAGAAGUAUGAAGACCACAGGAUAGAAGCAGCAGACUGGCCCAAAAUCAAACCAACUAUCCCAUUUGGCAAAAUCCCCAUUCUGGAAGUAGAUGGAGUUAUCAUUCACCAGAGCCUGGCAAUAGCAAGAUAUCUAGCCAGAGAAUCAGGUCUGGCAGGUCAGACGCCUGUGGAACAGGCACUAGCUGAUGCCAUUGUGGACACCAUAGAUGAUUUCAUGACGCUGUUUCCUUGGGCAGAGAAAAACCAGGAUGUUAGAGAAAAAGCAUUUGAUGAUAUCCUCACCAACAAAGCACCAGAGUUACUGAAAGAUUUGGAUACUUUCUUAGGGGAUAAAAACUGGCUGGUAGGGAAGUCUGUGACAUGGGCUGAUUUCUACUGGGAUGUGUGCAGUACGACACUUCUGGCCUGCAAACCUGACCUGGCAGACAACUACCCCAGGCUUUUGGCUCUCAGAGACAGAGUGCAAGCACUUCCAGCUAUUGCAGCCUGGAUCCAGAAAAGACCCAAGACUAUAAUGUAGAUCAGCUGUUCAGACUGGAAAAAAAAAAAGCGCGCAUGUUUAGUUUUCAACAUGACAAACCCCCUAAGUUAUUAAUCGUGGAAUCACAUUAAUUUCAGAUGGGUAUG